AUGUCCUUCGUCAACAUAUCGCAGUGCGGGAAACAAAAGAGCGCGGCGCCACACCGGCACCACCUCCACACACACCAAGCCGCCAACAAGCCGCCAAUACAGGACCUGGGCGACAACCUGAUCCCGCCGCUGGUCAUGCUCAGACUGAGCCUGUCCCGGCACCUCAUCCGCAGCAUGCUCGACCGCCGGCGCAGCCUCAAGGCCGAGGAGCGGCGCACGUUCGACGUGGCCGCGCAGGUCGAGACGGCGUGGGAGCUCGUCCGGGACGGCUACGCGGGCGAGUGCGCGCGCAGCCCCUUUUUCGCACGCCAGGCGCGCCGCGCUGCCGCUGCUGACCCGGCCGCCGCCGCAAAAACCGACUGCCGCGGCCACGGGGACGAGCAGCAGCAAAUCGAGGCACGCCACUACAUGCUGCACCGGCUGCAGCGGAUCACGUGGGCCAUCAAGGAGGUCGACGGGUUCGUCGAGGGGCUCACCGUGGACAAGUAUGGCUACCUAUCGCACUACCGGGCGCUGUCCACGCAGGCGGCGCUGCGCAGCCGCCGCACGCGCGAUGUCGGGUCCCGCGCUCCUGCCAACAGGAUGGACGCUGAUAUCUGGGCCGACGGCGUCCGCGUCGCCGUGCUGAGGGGCGAGCGCGCAUGGCCGGGGCAGUGGUGCUUUGAGCAGUAUAAGCGGAGGAAAUACGAAAAAGGGAGCGAGUGGAGUGGGUUGUUUGGGAGUGGCGAUGGCAUACCCUGGAUGACGAAGAAACACGGCCGCGCCCUUAGGAGGAAGACAAAAUGUGAGGGAGACUGCCGCAAUGCCGGUCUCAGCCUGCGACAAAAGCAGUGGUGA